CGGAGUUGUCACAAGUGAACACAGGUGACCUGGGACGCGCCAAGCCCCGCUGACAACAUCACAGCCAGCGGAACUAAAACAAUUAGCAGCUGGAGUGUAUCAUCUAUCUUUCUGAAAUUAUAAUGCCUUUUUAGCGUAGUUUGUGUUUGAGGAUACGAGCGGUUCCACUGACCGUAUUGGAGCGCACUGGUGGAAGACCCGCGUAGUUUCCAGAACCUGCACUCCCAACUUCGUAUCAUCUGACCUUCAGAGCGUUUUCCAGGCCUCUCCAGGGUGUCCAGAGAUGUAGGGAGCAGUGUGAGGAGCACCCCCCUCCCCCUUCUCACUCUCUCAGCACCACUUUACUUACAAAGAGCUUCCUCUCUCUCGGGCUGGACUGUGGUGCAUCUGCGUCUGCACGCCCCCCCCUCCCCCCUCGCCCUUCAGCCAUGGCCUCGCGAGUAGGGCUGCGUCUGCAGCUGAUGCGAGACCAGCUGCAGCAGGAGGAGCAGCGGGAGCGGCAACAGCAGCAGAAUGCUGCGCUGCAGUACAUGCAACAGCAGAGUAUGUCUGCCCCUGCACCCAGCCCCGCCAUCAACGCUCCACAACACUACCAGAGCAUGCAGGUUCCUGUUGAGGUGCUCAAGGUCCAGACUCACUUGGAGAACCCUACAGACUACCACAUCCGCCAGUCCCAGAGACAACAGGUGAAGGAGUACCUCUCCACCACCUACGCCACCAAGCAGACGGUGCAUGCAGUAACAGGUGUGGUACAGCCCUCCCCUCCCCCUCCCCACCACUCCCCCCAGCUCCGUACGGAGCAGCUCAUCACAGGAAACAGCGCCCCCAACAGCCCCAUGGCUAUGCUCAACAUCGGCUCCAGCCACGAGAACGAGGUACACGAGAUGGAUGAGGUCAUCGAUGACAUCAUCAGCAUGCAGUCGAGCUAUGAUGACAUCCAGCAGUAUAUUGACCCUCUUCAGAUGUCCAACACUCUCCCUCUGUCCAGCAGUCACCUGGACGUGUACACGGGCCCUGGGAUGACCGGUCAAUCGAUCGCCAUGACCAGCAACUCCUGCCCUGCUAACCUGGCCAUCAAACGAGAGCUGACGGAAACCCGUGCAAUGGCCAAAGAGAGACAGAAGAAAGACAACCACAACCUGAUUGAGAGGAGGAGGAGGUUCAACAUCAACGACCGCAUUAAAGAGCUGGGCGGCAUGAUCCCCAAAACCAACGACCUGGACGUGCGCUGGAAUAAGGGCACUAUUCUGAGGGCAUCCGUAGAGUACAUCAAGCGGAUGCAGAAGGACAUGCAGAGGACCAGAGAGGUAGAGAACAACUUCAAGAGGAUGGAGAUGGCCAACAAACAGCUGUGGCUGCGCAUCGAGGAGUUAGAGAUGCAGGCUCGUCUGCACGGCCUCCCCAGCUCCUCUCCCUCUGGGAUGGGUUCUGGGGACCUGAUGGGUUCCUACAUCAAACAGGAGACCAGCCCUGAGGAGAAGCUCCAGCAGCAGCAGCAACAGGCCCAGCACCAAGCUCAUGCCCAGGGCCAACAACACCACCACCACCCCCAGUCCCACCACAUCCAGCCCCAGCAGGGCCAGCCCAGACAGCUGCCUCAUCUCCCCCCUCACCUCCAGCCCCAACUUCCCCUCCAGUACCCAGCUGUGGGCAGCUCUCAGCCCUUUGACUUUGCCCAGUCGCUGGACUUGUGUGACGGGGUGCCUGGCUACCCGGAGAGCUUGUCAGGGCUAGGGGAGCUCGGCCUCCUGGGUACCCAGGGAAGGAGAGGCGACCUGGGCUUCCUGAUGAUGGACGAGCCUCUGUCUCCUCUGGGUGGAGACCCUCUGCUCUCUGCCAUGUCCCCUGAGGCCUCGGUUGACUCCAGCCGCAGAUCCAGCUUCAGCAUAGAGGACACAGAUAUACUGUAGAAGGAGUCUACACACAGACACACACAGACACAGGCACAUAUGGUACGUACAGAACACCCACUGGACAUACACCCCCAAGAGCACUGAUAUACUGUGAUAUAUGCUUUUGCUCUGUUCAACAACCCUGCUACAUAUGCACUCCAAACUCCUCACAUACACUGUAAGCACUCGCAUAGACACUGUACACACACUGAGACACACUUAAACACACACACUCAAAAUUCUUAUGGAUGCACACCCUUAACACUCACAUAGAUACACAUUCAACAGCAAUAUGAGAAACCAAAUCCAUGUUUCGGAUUGAAAUAGUUGUUCCCUACCACUGUAAAUAUCAGAGCACCUCUAAAUGAUACACAAUCUAGUACACACACGAACACACAACGAGCACAGACAGCUUCUUGUUCACGCUAACACAGAAGGGCCCCUGUUAUUUGAAGGGAAAUAUGUGAGGCACUGCCAACGGUUUAACACACACACACACCCUUCUUCUGUAAAACACACUGCCAUGACCUCUAUGGUACUGCCAUCUCCUGUGUGACCUAUGACCUUUAGCCUUUAGGGUACUGCCAAGUCUACUCCAUGACCUCUGACCCCUGUGUGAAUGUUGAGGAGAGAUGGAUUGGCCCUGCAUUGUGAGAUAGUGUAGCGAUUGAAGAGGUUAUGUAGCUCAGUCCUUAACCUGCCAACGUGCCUUGUGUUAGCCACCUGAAGCCCCACUCUAUCUGGGUUAGCUGGAGAGUGUGGAGAGCGAAGGAGUGGGUUGUGUUUUAGCAUAUUGUAGUGCAGGGUUCCCCAACUGGCGGCCUGCGCUACAAAUUUUUCCCACGGGUGAUUUAUUUGGCCCCGCAAGUUUUCUGAGACCACUUUAUUUUUUAAAUUAUUGUUUACAUAAAAGACUGUUAAACGCCAGAAAAUCAGCUCCAAGUGAUUUUAGGGGUAGUAAAAUAAAUGUAUUCCCAUGCAUAAAAUAGGUUUGAAAUGAUUAUGUUUUGAUACCUGUUUG